GAAUCACAGUUCCGGGAUCGAGAACUACAACUUCCGACUUGCUUGAUAAGCGCGGCGGCGCUACUUAAAAAGCGUCAGAGAGGAGGUGCCUGGCCACGCCCCUCCUUUUCAGUCUGGCUCCUCUCAGACGAGCAGCGGAGGGGGGGCGGAGCCUCAGCCCGAGCCAAGAUGGCGGCUGCAAAGCCAACCCCCACGGACUCGCUCUCGUUCUGCCUCGCGCAGCUCACGGCGGCGGCCGGGGAGGGUCCGGGUGGGGAAAAGGACACAGCUACCAGCGAGACACCCCUAGGCCGUGCGCUUUUAGCCCUCCGCACGCGCCACGUCAAGGCAGCAGGGGGAAUCGAGCGCUUCCGGGCACGCGGCGGGCUCCGCCCCCUUCUUGCGCUGCUACGGCGAGCGGCUGCAGCGGACCCCGCCCCGCCCCAGGCAAGCCCGGGCUCCGCCCCCUCAGCGGUGUCUGCUGGUCCCGCCUCCCCGCCGGGCUCCGCCCCCUCUGCGUCCUCCUCGUCUUCGCCGCCAGCGCGCCUGCGCAAGACGCUGGACUUGGGCCUCAGCAUCCUCGCCAACUGCUGUACGGAAGGGGCGUGCCGGGCUGAAGUGCGCAGACUCGGAGGUAUUCUCCCUUUGGUGACCAUUCUUCAGUGUGUGAAGACAGACAGCAUCCAGAACCGAACAGCCCGUGCUCUGGGGAAUUUAGCCAUGGAACCUGAGAGCUGUAGGGACAUCCACUCUGCUGGUGCUGUUCCCCUGCUCCUUGAGAGCCUGACGGCCUGCCAGGACUCGCAGUGCCUGCAGAGUGUGGUGCGUGCCCUCCGUAACCUUGCGGACUCCCCCCAGCACCGCUUGGCUCUGGCACAGCAGGGAGCAGUGCGUCCACUGGCUGAGCUCCUGGCCGCCACUCCAGACGCUGCACUGACUUCAGCCCUAGUCCGUGCCCUCCUGGAGCUGAGCCGAGGCUGCUCCCGGGCUUGUGCUGAGCAGCUAAGUCUGGGCGGGGGGCUGGGCCCACUUGUCAGCCUGGCCUCUCACCCCAAAUGGGCUGUGCGUGAGGCAACCAUCCUGACCCUUGCCAACCUGUGUGCCCAGGGCCUGGUCCGGCCUGCACUGGGCAAUGCUGGUGGCGUGGAGGUGCUACUAGAAGAGCUCCGGCGGCGCCGAGGCCCUAAUGGAGCCAAUCCAGCCUCCCAGCAGCCCCUGGUGCGGGCUGUCUGCCUGCUCUGUAGGGAGGCCAUCAACCGGGCCCGGCUGCGGGACGCUGGUGGUCUGGAGCUGCUGAUGGGCCUGCUUGGCGACUCUCGUGCCAGAGCUUGGCACCCACGUGUCGUGGCCGCCCUUGGGGGUUUCCUCUAUGAUACCGGGGCCCUGGGCCGGCUACAGGCCCUGGGGCUUGUUCCCCUCCUGACUGGGCAGCUGUGUGGUGAGGCUGGUGAUGAGGAAGAAGAGGGUAGAGAAGCUGCUUCCUGGGACUUCCCUGAGGAGCGGACCCCUGAGCGGGCAGAGGCUGGAAGCUUCCGAAGCCUCAGGUCAUGGCUCAUUUCCGAGGGCUAUGUUGCUGGCCCUGGAGACGUCUCUCCCGACUGGUCCCCUGAGCGCUGCCUGCCACCAGAGCCCUCUGAGCCAUCCAGCCCUGCCCCAGGCCCAACCUCGCUGCAGACGCCGCGCACACUGUGCACCCCCAGACGCAACCCCGCCACUACCACAGAGGAACCUUGGGGUCGCGAGGGGCCGGCGCUGCUGCUGCUGUCACGCUUCUCCCAGGUUCCAGACCCAAGUGGGGCACUUGUGACAGGCCCAGCACUGUGCGGCCUGCUAGCCUACGUGACAGGUGCACCUGGCCCACCAAACCCGCGUGCCCUGCGCAUCCUGGCGCGCCUCACCUGCAACCCGGCUUGCCUUGAGGCCUUCGUGCGUAGCUAUGGUGCCGCGCUGCUGCGAGCCUGGCUGGUGCUUGGUGUUGCUCCCGAUGACUGGCCCGCGCCGCGUGCCCGGCCUGCCCUCCGCAGUCAGCACCGGGAACUGGGUGAGAUGCUGCUGCAGAACCUGACUGUGCAGGCCGAAUCUCCCUUUGGAGUGGGUGCCCUCACCCAUCUGCUGCUCUCUGGAAGCCCUGAGGACCGUGUGGCCUGCGCACUGACCCUGCCCUUCAUCUGCCGGAAACCCUCUCUGUGGCGCCGGCUACUUCUGGACCAGGGAGGCCUCCGUCUCCUCCUCACAGCACUAACCCGGCCAGCCCCGCACCCACUCUUCCUCUUCUUUGCCGCAGACUCUCUUUCCUGCCUCCAAGGCCUGAUGUCUCCCACUGUGAGCCUAGUCCUCCCACCUGCAAUCCCCUUGGACCUAGACCUGCCCUCCCCUUGCCUCUAUGAACCUCUGCUGGGUCCAGCCCCUGUCUCAGCCCCUGACUUGCACUUCCUACUGGACUCAGGCCUACGACUCCCUGCCCAGCGGGCUACCUCAGCUACUGCCUCCCCAUUCUUCCGGGCCCUGCUCGCUGGCAGCUUUGUCGAAGCCCAGAUGGACCUGGUGCCACUUCGAGGCCUGUCACCCAGUGCAGCCUGGCCUGUCCUGCAUCAUUUGCAUGGCUGCCGGGGCUGCGGGGCUGCUCUGGGGCCCGUGCCCCCACCAGGCCAGCCCUUGCUUGGCUCAGAGGCUGAGGAGGCCUUGGAGGCUGCUGGUCGUUUCCUGCUGCCUGGGCUGGAGGAGGAGUUGGAAGAGGCUGUGGGCCGUAUUCACCUGGGGCCCCAGGGUGGCCCAGAGUCAGUGGGUGAGGUGUUCCGCCUGGGACGGCCCCGGCUGGCUGCCCACUGUGCUCGCUGGACACUGGGGCCAGGACAGUGCCCACGGAAGCGGGCCCUGGCCCUGGUGGGGCUUGUGGAGGCAGCGGGUGAGGAGGCAGGGCCUCUGACUGAGGCUUUACUGGCUGUAGUGAUGGGAGCUGAGGCAGGGGGCAGGGGUCCCAGUGUAGACUUUUGAUGUCCCCUGGGAGGGGACCUGCAGAUGGAUCAGCUGUGAGGGAGGCCACAGAGUGGUGACAGUGGAGGGCUCAUGGCAUGGGAGGAGGCUGAGCAGAAGGAGUCACCGUCAACGACCAGUGAGAGGAUGGAACCAGACACUAGAAUGUGAAGACCCAGGAGUGAGAAGCAUGGCCAGGGCUUGGUCAUGGGGCCCAAGAGAUGGAGAGUGGCCCAGGGGUCCAGGCACCUGGCCUGACGCAGCGCUCUAGAGUUGAGAUUAAAAGACUCUGGAGUUGGA